AUGUCAUCGUCUAAUAACAACCGAGCGGCCGGCCAGUCCGCCGCUGCCGCCAGUGAUCCCCCGAAGGAGGAUGUUUCCAUGGUAGACAGCAGCAGCAGCAGCAGCAGCGGUGUCGGUGGUUCUCUAGACAACGGCAACUCUCACACUGCUCCACCGGCCAUCAAGAGACCGGCUGCCGAGAUGGGCUCUGACGAACACGAUACCGUGAUGCAGACUGAUUCUCCUUCGUUAGGGUCUCAGGAAGAGACUGAAAUGAGCAGCAACAAGAUAGUAGGAAGCAAAAAGCAAGCCGAGCGUCUGAACCGGCACCAGCGUGAUGCCUCUGUUGACAUGGUUGGAAAGGAGACUGAAUCCGAGCCAUCCAAGGGAGGCCGAAAGCACGCUUCCGAAACCAGCAGCUCUGGAACUGACCCGACCAGCUACACCCCGUCAUCCAGCAGCGCGCAAACCCAUGCCUCCCACGACGAUAACCCCUCCAUCGACGAGCAAGUCGCCCAGGUCAUGCAGUUGAUGCAGCAGAGCCCCAUCGACAAGCAAAAGGGCUACAUUGUUUCUGGUACCUGGCUGAAGCGAGUUCUCUCCAGAAGCUCUACCCAUCCACGGCCGGAUAAAGCGGACAAGCUGGCUGCUGAGGGGGAGAUUGGACCCGUCGACAAUUCAGACCUUGUCCUCGUUACUGAUCCGGAUACCAUCUUCAACGAUGAAGCGGGUGAGCCAUUCGUUCCCAUGCGUCCCGGCCUCCAGAUGGGUGAGGACUACGAGAUCUUGCCAGAGGAAGCCUGGAACUUGGUGAUGAAAUGGUACGGCCUAUCGAACCAAUCCCCCGCCAUCGUUCGGUACGCACACAACACCAACACGGAGGGAGACAUGGAGCACAUCCAGUACGAGCUCAAUCCUCCCAUUUUCUCCAUCUUGAAACUGUCCCCAAACCCGUCCGAGGCAGAGAAGUCCAAACCGCCCGUCAGAUUCUUGGCCAGCAGACAUACCCCUUUCCAGCAAUGGCUCAAGACUGCAAAGACCCUGGCGUCCAUCAACAUGUCAACCAAGACUCGGGUCUGGAGAAUCCUCGAAGGACUCGCCAGUUCCGCCAACGUAACCCCGGCUGCGUCAAGAAGUGCAUCCCCAGCACCGGGAACUACCGUCUCGACAAAGAUUCCCACCUCCAUCUCCCUGGGCCUGGAAGCGUUCGUAGGUCUGACUGAGGGAUCCCAGCGAGAGCUUGUGGAUGUCCAAGACCAUACGGCGAAUGCAAAGUACAACGGCAGAGCGUCUAUACAUGUUAUCGGUCUAGGAAGUGACAACGUUAUUGUCUUGGAGGAGCAGGUUGGCGGUCCAGCAGGCGGAGAAUGGCUGUCCGAAACAACCAAGUCGAGCACCAACCUGACUGUCGGAGCCGGCACCAAAGCCAAUGUCCAAAACAGGCUGAAAAACAAAAGCUCUUCGGGUAGUGGACGGACAUCGCCUGCUCCUUCAAUCGUCACCCGAGGACGACGGCGCAAGGACGGCAAAGCUCGAGGAGUGACCGGUCUAAGCAACCUAGGCAACACAUGCUACAUGAACUCGGCGCUUCAGUGUGUCCGCAGUGUUGAGGAGUUGUCUCAUUACUUUUUGAUGGGCGAGUACAAGAAAGACCUGAACCCGAACAACCCCUUGUCUCACAACGGAGAUGUUGCCAAGGCGUAUGCAAAUCUGCUGCAUCAGAUAUUCGAUGUUCAGGGCUCAGCUUCGUUUGCUCCCCGGAACUUCAAGGUUACCAUUGGCAGAUACGGCCCUUCGUUUUCUGGCUAUGGACAGCAGGACUCCCAGGAAUUCCUGCUCUUCCUCCUGGACGGACUGCAGGAGGAUUUGAACCGUAUUCAAAAGAAGCCAUACAUUGAGAAGCCCGAUUCCACCGACGAGAUGGUCCAUGAUAAAGUGGCGCUCCAACGCUUUGCGGACCGCUGCUGGGAGAUCUACAAGGCCCGGAACGACAGUGUGAUUACCGAUUUGUUUUCGGGAAUGUACAAGUCCACUGUAGUGUGUCCGGAAUGCGACAAAGUCAGCAUCAUCUUCGACCCGUUCAACAACCUGACGCUGCAGAUUCCGAUUGAGAACAGCUGGAGCCACAAGAUCAUGUUCUUCCCGCUGCACAAGCCGCCGGUGAACAUCGACGUGGACAUAGACAAGAACUCGGGCAUCAAGGCGGUAAAGCAGUUCAUUGCAAAGAAGAUGAACGUGAACGCUGACAGGCUGGUGAUGGCCGAGAUCUACAAGCACAAGUUCUACAAGUUGUUUGACCACAGCCAGAGCAUAGCCGACCACCAGAUCAGCGAAGGGGACACUAUCGCGAUGUACGAACUUGACAGCGUGCCGACAAGCUACAACCCGGACAAGCCACGGCGCUUCCGCUUCUCGUCCGAGGAGCCUGCAGCCGGGUUCAAUUCGCCCAAGGCAGAUCGGAUGCUGGUACCAAUCCUCAAUCGCGGGCGAGUGCGGCGCGGGUACGGCCAGCCGCAGCGGGCGUUCUUUGGCGUGCCGAUGUACGUUGUGAUUUCACGUGAGGAAGCGUAUGACUACGAUGCGGUGCUGCGACGGAUCCUCGCACGGGUGGCCAACCUGACGACGCGUGACAUACUGCGAGAAGAUGAUGGGCUGGGUGUGACGAGAGCGCAGCAGGCCGGGGAAGACUCUGACACUGUUGUGAUGAACGAGGACGACACGCAGGCAUACGGACAGACGAUCAAGGCCAGUUCCGUGGAGGGAGAAGACGGGCUGGUGGAUGUGUCCAUGCGAGAUGCCGAUCAAGACGAGGCUGCAGCAGGAUCCAACAACAACAACAAGAAGGGAGCAGAUGAUGAAGAUCUUGCACCUGUCUUAAGGCCCGGAAGCUUCAUCCCGCCGAUGCUCCGCAAUCUGUUUGAUGUACGGUACAUUGCCACGAACGACAGCGAGCCGACUGGCUUCUCGAUCACCAACGAGGCCCGCGAGUACCCCUUGAUGCUGUCCCGUGUGCCCGACGGGAAGAGCAGCAGUAGGAGCAGCAACGGCGGUGGAGCAGGCAAAACCGUGUUUGGACGCCGGGCAGACGUGGAGAGCGUGGCCAGCAGCGACGACGAGCUAAGUGGACCUGCACAACCCGUGAACGUGAUGAGGACACGGGCAGCGGUUGCAGCAGACGACGAGAUGUCGACCAACUCGAGCUCUGCGGAGACCAAGGACGACAGCGGGUCGGAGACGGACUCCGACCGGAUGGCCGGUGCAACAAGCCUGCUGCGGCCAGGCAAGGCACGCAGCAGCAGCGGCAAGCAGAAGGCGGCCAAGAAGCCAGUGCAGCGACGCUUGCCGUACGUCAAGCCGGGCGAUGUGAUUGUGCUCGACUGGAACGAGGAGACGUACGACGGGGUGUUUGGCGACGAGGACGAGCUGUACGGCGACCACGAUAACGGAGGAGGAGAUGGUGGGCUGCGCGGACGACCGACGUGGACGAACGUGUCGGACGUGGUCGACCCGGAGGUGACGAGCAAGCGGCAGCUGCGGUCUCGCAAGAAGAAACGCGGGAUCACGCUGGACGAAUGCCUGGACGAGUUUGGGCGGGAGGAGAUCCUGUCUGAGAACGAUGCGUGGUACUGUCCCCGUUGCAAGGAGCACCGGCGGGCGAGCAAGAAGUUUGAGCUGUGGAAGGCGCCGGACAUCCUAGUGAUGCAUCUGAAGCGGUUCAGCGCCAACCGGAUCUUCCGGGACAAGAUCGACGCUGUGGUGGACUUCCCGCUAGAGCUGGACAUGAGCGGACGGGUGCAGAUGGUGGAGGAAGGGGAAAGCAUGGUGUACGACCUGAUUGCGGUGGACAACCACUAUGGCGGCCUGGGCGGCGGCCACUACACUGCCUAUGCCCGCAACUUUGUCGACGGCCUGUGGUACGAAUUUAACGACUCCCACGUGACCAUGAAGCGCGAUCCGAGCAGCGUCGUGACAAGCGCCGCUUAUUUGCUCUUUUACCGCCGGCGCUCGGACGUCCCGCUGGGCGGCUCCUUUUUGGCGCGGCUGACAGAGCAAGCGCACGACCGGACGAGCGACGACUCCGGCAGCGAGAGCGGCUCCGGCAACGGGGCCAGUGGAAGUGGAAUCUGCGGUGGUGGCGGCGGCAGUGGAUCGGGGGAAGGCAAGCGCCUCGGUGGGCUCUCCCGCAAUGGGUCGUCGGGCGCUUUACACGGAGCCGCAGCAACUCGCCAGUCGGGAGAUGGUGGUUUGCCAACAGAUGAAGAGGUGGAAGUUACAGGCAGUGGAGAAGCCGGGCCUGAUGAAGACGACGAAGAAGAGGAGGAGGAAGGGGAUGAAGGGUUCAGCAGUGUGCGGUUCCACGCCGGCAGCGCGAUGUACGCCCAGCAGCCGAGCUGGUCGUACGACCGACUGGCCAACCACGGCUACGGCGAGGACGAGAUACCGCGCGUCUUCCCUCCGCCGGGAUCCAGCUAUGCAGACGACGGAGAAGGGGAUGAUGUGGCUAGCACGCAGGCGGAGAGGGGGGAAGGCGACCUGAGCGAGCUAGACCGGUCAUUUGAGCUGGAUGCAGACGCCGACCCAGAUGCCGACGAGACGGGCAUGGUAUUCUCCAGCAUCGUGGACGAGGAGCAUGCACAUGGUGGCCACGGCCAUGGCAGCAGCCCUGCCAUGCGGAAUGACUUUGACGACUGCCCGGCGGUGGUAGAGGUGCGAGUUGACGAUGAGUAGAAGUAUAAAAAGAAAAAAAGAAGGAUAAGACGUAAAAAGCAAGCCAGUCUACAGCAUCAUCAUACAUAGGCGUUAAUGUUAGAUUUCUACUUCACUCGACUCGAGUAUCUCUAAUAAAGUACCUACAAGAGUCAAGUGGAUAUCUGGAUUCCUCCCCAACUCUAGUAUGAGAAUAUGGCCGCUUUAUCAACAUACAGCUUCGUGAAUGCGCGCGAAAUCAGCCAAAUACCUUUGUUUUAUAAGAAUCUCCAAUCAGAAUACUCCACGUCCCUCGUUUAUUCUUUCCCGUAUACUUAUGCCACACUAUUAUUAAGUGGCAGUAGCUUAUUUAUCUACUAGUUACAUCGCUAGUUAUUACUAGAGCGAAGCGAAGCACAGCGGAAUAACUAGUUACGAUGUUAAGUUUAGGUUAUAUUCUUGUAACUAGUUUAUAUAACAAAUGAAGUAAUGGAAACAUAAGGAGAUGGAUAACAUAAAAAACUCUUGCCCUGUGCUUGCGGAGAAACUUCCGCUAUCUCAUAUCUUCACACUACCACCUUGGUCCUCCUUCUAGGCAUUUCCGCUAGCACUACAUCAGUCUUUCGCUUCAGGGACUUAAUAACCUCAACCCGUCCAGAAUCAAUAACCAUUACUCCAUGAACUAAAGCUUGUUUAAAGUUAUUCGUGGUUGGAGCUGAUCGGGAUUAUUUUCUUUUACCCAUCACAAUUUGUAAAGUAUUUUUCUAAUUUCAUAUGAGACGGGCUCGUUCAAAGCCAGCCAUUUACGGCCUUUCCCUUAGAAUAUCAUCUAAAUGAUAACUAACAGAAUUAAGCCUACCAAUAUGCCUCACACUCCUCGUAAAUAAUAUCGAAAAUAGCCUCCAAAGCCUCCUCCAAGGUUAAUGUAUCAUUCUCUAUAAGGCUUUCUACAACCAUCCGCUCUACUACUAAAUCGAGAACCCUCUUUAGAGCACUAAGGGGCAUAAAAGCCCUGAAGUGCGUUUGACCUUCAAUAUAGCAGAAGAUAUAUAUUAUCUUAGGGAGCCUAUUACUAUAUAUAUCCCAUAUACUAACCGCGACCCCCUUAAUAGUGUAUUUGCUCACCCUCUCAAUAUCGAUAGUUCUAUCUAGAUUAAUAGGGGGUAAACCGACUAUAGCGUCGAUAACUACCCUCCCACCGGCCUCUAUGACUGUGAGAAAAUAGUAGGACCCGUUAUUAUCUCUAACCACGGCACCUUGUCGGUUCCCGUAAGCUAUAAUCUCUUCUCCCUAAUUUAUAAAUCCGGGAUAGACUAUCCGUAGUACCCUUCGAGGCGGUAUUACUAUUCUUUCCCUUCGAAUCCGCGUUGGGACAUCCAAUACUGGCAGGAUAUUUCGAGCCUUAUCUCCUGGGCCAUCACGCCUAUUAUCACUUGCUGUUGAAACUACAGGAGGAAUUAAUAAUUACAUGUUUCUACUAGGUACACAAAAAUGCGCAUGUCUCAUGUAGUGUAUGGCGAAAAGCAGGGAAAGACGGUCCUUUGGCGGCGAUCGGCUUCUUUAGAACCAUAUAGGCGGGCCACCUUUCGAAAUUUCUUUACAGCUCUCCUCGUAGAGCCUGAUAUAUUGUUCAUGUUUCGCUGUAGUAGGAGGAGCCUAUCUACUUUCAAGUCGAGAUAUCGCAUCCUCGUACGCUUUAAUAAUUGGGUUAUAUAACUUUUCUGGAUCUCUCGAUGUGUCAACAAUCAUCCCGUUCUUCUCAAAACGGAAAUAGUACCAAGCUUCGGGCGACAGGAAUCAGAGUUGGCGUGAUCUAAGCCAUUUUAGCCAUAAAAGGUUUAAAUUGUCUAGUAGACUUACUUGUUUUCCGAUGUCUUGCUCCCUAAUUACUACUGAGCACCGUAUGCUCUCUCUUUUCCUUAGUACCUGUAUAUCGAGAUGGUUGUAGUUGACUGCUUCUCCGGGUGACGCGGGGGAAGUAGAAUGCAACUGAGGCGGAAUCCAAG